AUGGCUAAAGCAUUCGACAACACGGCUACCACCGUUGCUGCAUCGCAAAUGCGUAACUCAUUGAACGCUCUCGCUGAUACAGUGACCGAUCCUGAAGAACAACAAAAGUUUGAGCAGGAAAUGGACACCUUUUUUGCUUUGUUCAGAAGAUACUUGACUGACAAAGCCAGCGGUAGUACUUUGGAUUGGGAUAAGAUCAAGUCUCCUUCCCCCUCUGAAGUCGUUGACUACAAGUCUUUGCCCGAUGACCCUUCAUCUUCCAAUUUGGACAAGUUGGCUGUGUUGAAGUUGAACGGUGGGUUGGGUACUUCCAUGGGUUGUGUAGGUCCAAAAUCAGUCAUUGAAGUUAGAGAUGGAAAUACGUUUUUGGACUUGUCCGUGAGACAAAUUGAACAUUUGAACCGUAAGUAUGAUGCUGACGUUCCUUUAUUGUUGAUGAACUCUUUCAACACUGACAAGGAUACUGCUAAAAUCAUCAAAAAGUACCAAGGUCAUAAGGUUAGAGUUAGAACUUUCAACCAAUCUCGUUUCCCCAGAAUUUAUCGUGAUUCUUUACUACCAGUCCCUGAAAGUUAUGAUGAUUCUUUGGAAGCAUGGUAUCCUCCUGGUCAUGGUGAUUUGUUUGAAAGUUUGGUUCAAUCCGGUGAAUUGGACAACUUGUUGUCCCAAGGUAGAGACGUUUUGUUUGUUUCCAAUGGUGAUAACUUGGGUGCCACCGUAGACACCAAGAUCUUGGAUCACAUGAUUGAAACUGGAUCUGAAUAUAUUAUGGAAUUGACUCCUAAAACAAGAGCCGAUGUUAAGGGUGGUACUUUGGUUAACUACGAAGGUCAAGUCCAAUUGUUGGAAAUUGCCCAAGUUCCAAAGGAACAUGUUGAAGAUUUCAAGUCUAUCAAGAAAUUCAAGUAUUUCAACACAAAUAACUUGUGGAUUAAUUUGAAAGCUAUCAAGAGAUUAGUGGAGCAAAAUGCCAUUGAAUCCGAAAUUAUUCCAAACAACAAGACUAUCAACUAUCAAGGUUCAGAAGUGAAUGUCUUGCAAUUAGAAACUGCCGUUGGUGCUGCCAUUAGACACUUUGAAGGUGCCCAUGGUGUUGUGGUUCCAAGAUCCAGAUUCUUGCCUGUCAAGACCUGUUCUGACUUGUUAUUGGUUAAGUCUGAUUUGUUCUACUUGGAGCAUGGUGCCCUUAAAUUGGACCCAGUUAGAGAAGGUUAUGCUAAUCCAUUAAUCAAGUUGGGUUCUCACUUUAAGAAGGUCAGUGGUUUCCAACAAAGAGUUCCUCAUAUGCCAAAGAUCCUUGAAUUGGACCAUUUGACAAUCACUGGUAAUGUCACCUUGGGUAAGAAUGUCUCUUUGAAGGGUACUGUCAUUAUCGUUUGUAACGACGGUCAAAAGAUUGACAUUCCUAAUGGUUCUAUUUUAGAAAAUGUCGUCGUUACUGGUAACUUGACCAUCUUGGAGCAUUAG